GGCCCUUUCGGUGCACUUCUCGAACCACGACAACUACUGUGCUCCCUCGUCCUACUUCAGCUCAAAUCUUCUUCCGUGCCGUCGUAUCCUGUUCGCCAGUUGCCGGCUGAUUGCUGCGAACGCGGCUGACGAACUAGACUCAUGAUUCGGUCUUAGCACCCGUACAAGUAGAGCUCUAAGCUCGCGCCGUUGCGGGACGUCUAUUGUUUACAAGCUUACCACAGUACAUUUCUUCCUUUUAGCAUCAUUAUCGCGCGUCUAGCAAACUAAGAGGCCACGAUGCCACGCUAUGAAUCCCACGAGCUGCGCCGCGGCAAGUACGCCCGCCUUGAUGCGCCCGUCGAAGAUGACCUCGAUACACCGACACGCUUCUCCUCGGACUCGAAUUUCACGCUGGAGGACCUUGAAGAGGAUGAUCCCCUAGCUUUCGACAGCAAACUAAAGCGCAAGAAGAGCGCAGGUGACCUCAAAGUUCGAAAAGCGUCGUACAAAGACCCAGAAUCUACAGCCCCAGGGCUACUUUCGCGGCGAAAGAGCAGAUGCGCGCCAGGACGGUGGUGCUGCUGGUUGCUCACCUUCAUUGCCGCCGUCGUACUCCUGCUCGCUUCAGGUGGCAUAUGGGCCUGGAGAGCGACCGUGCCAAAAGAUGGAUUAAGUCCGCCAUGGUACCCUACGCCGAAGGGUGGGACUGAUAAGACAUGGGAAACAAGCUAUAAGAAGGCGGCCGAGCUGGUGAAACAGAUGACGCUGCCGGAGAAGGUCAAUGUCACAACAGGGACGGGGUGGAGCAUGGACAUGUGUGUUGGCAACAACGGCGCGGUGCCCAGGUUGAAGUUCCCGAGUCUGUGUCUGCAGGACGGACCACUGGGGAUUCGGUUCGCGGACAACAUCACCGCGUUUCCUGCUGGCAUUACUGUAGGAGCGACAUGGAGCAAGGAGUUGAUGUAUCUGCGCGGCAAAGCACACGGCAGAGAGGCACGCCUAAAGGGCGUCAAUGUGCUCCUCGGUCCUGCAAUGGGCCCUCUUGGGCGAAUGCCAGCUGGUGGUCGCAAUUGGGAGGGAUUUGGCUCGGACCCGGUACUCCAGGGCAUCGCCGCUGCUCAGACUAUCAAGGGCAUUCAAGAUGAGGGUAUCAUGGCCACGGCGAAGCAUUACCUGCUAAACGAACAAGAACACUUCAGGCAGGCAUGGGAAUGGGGUAUCCCGAACGCCAUCUCGAGCAACGUAGAUGAUCGCACGCUGCAUGAGAUUUAUGCGUGGCCGUUUGCGGAUUCUAUCAGGGCUGGUGUCGCGAGCAUCAUGUGCUCGUACAAUCAGGUCAAUAGUUCGUACGCUUGUCAAAACAGUAAGUUGCUUAACGGCAUUUUGAAAGAUGAACUCGGCUUCCAGGGCUUCGUGCAGAGCGAUUGGUUGGCGCAACGGGCCGGUGUUGCGAGUGCUCUUGCCGGGCUCGACAUGACCAUGCCUGGCGAUGGCCUUCGGUGGGCCAAGGGAGACAGUCUCUGGGGUGCCGAGCUGACCAGGGCUAUUCUGAAUGGCAGCGUCCCUAUCGACCGCCUCGACGAUAUGGUGACCCGCGUUGUGGCUUCGUGGUAUCAAGUCGGACAAGAUAAAUGGGAUGGAUUAGGCCCGAAUUUCUCCUCUUGGACCAACGACCGAAUCGGCAAGCUGCAUGAAGGGAGCCCAUCGGAUCAUUCCAUGGGAGUGGUGAAUAAAUUCGUCGACGUUCAAGGCAAAGGAAAAGACGCACAUGGACACCUGGUCCGUCGCAUCGCUGCUGAAGGCACAGUUUUGGUAAAGAAUGAGGGCAAGCUCUUACCACUAGACCGCAAGGGUUGGAAAACGGGGCAAAACAACACGCAACGAACCAAAUAUCGUGUCGGCGUCUUCGGUGAAGACGCACGCCUGCCUCACGAGGGCCUCAACCACUGCUCCGAUCAGAGUUGUAACGAUGGAACACUGGCCUCGGGCUGGGGCUCGGGUGCCGUGAAUUUUACAUAUCUGGUCGAACCAGUGUCUGCCAUACGGGAUGCUUUCGACAACAAGACCGUCUACGUUACUGACUGGCUGGAGAACGACCUUCCGAGCGAGAAGGAGAUCUUGGAGGAUCAGGAUCUUUGCAUUGUCUUUGCCAAUUCUGAUGCCGGCGAAGGAUACGAGCACUAUGGAAGUAUUCGCGGCGACAGGAAUGAUCUCAACCUCCAAAAGGGGGGAGACAAACUCAUCCGGGAGGUCUCUAAGGGCUGUGGAGACGGCAAGGGCGAUGUCGUUGUUGUCAUUCACACUGUUGGGCCAGUCAUCCUAGAAAAUUUCAUCAACAUCACGAACAUCAAAGCCGUCAUCAUCGCCAACCUGCCCGGAACAGAGUCCGGCAAUGCAAUCGUCGACAUCCUUUUCGGAGACGUAAACCCCUCCGGGCGCCUACCAUAUACGAUCGCGAAGAAGGAGGAUGACUACGGUCCCGGCAGUAAAAUAAAGUACCUUCCAAGCCCGUCAGAGGGCCUCUCUCCACAGCAGAACUUCUCGGAAGGGCUGUACAUUGAUUACCGCCACUUCGACAAGCAAGACAUCACUCCACGCUACGAAUUCGGGUAUGGGCUGUCGUACACGCAGUUCAAGCUCUCGUCUCUCGUUAUCAGUGGAAAAGGGAACAGAAAUCCGCUGCCCGCUCCACGACCCGCCGGCCUCACGCCGCCUUCCUUCUCAACCGAAAUCCCAGACGCGAAAUCCGCCCUGUUCCCAGAGGGCUGGCAUAAAGUGGAGAGGUACAUCUACCCUUGGCUCGACUCAACCGACGACAUCGAGAAACCAGACGUCAUAACUUCGCAAGUACAAAGUCCGCUCAGCGACGCAGGAGGCGGCCCAGGAGGCAACCCAGACCUCUACACCACACUCGUCACCGUGUCUGCAUCGGUAUCCAACAUAGGCCUCGUAGAUGGAUCGACCGUUGUGCAGCUAUACAUUGCCUUCCCUCCAAACUACAAAGACCACGAGACUGGUGAGCCUGUCGACUUCCCUGUUAGAGUGUUGAGGGGCUUUGAAAAGGUGCAUGUAGACGCGGCGCAGGAACAGGAGAAUAGCAUUGGCGGUGGUGGGCACCUAGUGACGUUUGAGGUAACGAGGAGGGAUUUGAGUUAUUGGGAUGUCAGGAGGCAGAAUUGGGUGUUGCCGCAGGGCGAGUUUGAUAUUCGAGUUGGUUUUUCGAGUAGAAACUUGCCGUUGCAGGGGACGUGGUAGCGGGAUGAAGACUGAAUAGUUGGUGGUUGGAAGAGAAUGAAGGGUGGUGUUGGGCGUUUUAAGGAGGAUACCUUGGAUAUAAAUUCUCUGUACUGUGCAUAUGUUUCCUCUUUCUUAUGAAGCUCUACUGUCGGUUGUACAUGUUUGGAUUUCUCUCCUCUCGAUCUGUGAUUUCUUCUAUAGACGGCGAGUGAGAUGUACAUGCAUAAAAUAACGGGCGGGUGAAUUGUACUGCCCAUCCUUUUAAAUGGCUCAUGUCCC